CUGCUGUAUUUUACAAUCACAUGGGAAUUCUGGCACCACUACCUAGAGCUUCAUACCAAAAAUCCUGAUCCCAUUUCCAGCGGCCCAGAUGCCCCCUGCCCAAGGGCCCAUGGGUACCCCUGUGGGUCCUGGAGGCAUUCCUGGGGCAGGGCAAGUUGAAAGAGUGGAGGUUUUAGUAGUCCUAGCUCUGAUUUUCACAACUGGGUGUUGGCUGAAUAUUUGGACAUCUGUCCCACAGAGGAUGAGAAAGAUAAAAAGCCUGUGACUUCUGCUCUGGGGCCUGAGGCUCACUGCUGACUGCGGCUCACUGCUGACUGCUGUGCUUGGAGCAUUCCUUUGAAGAACAGAACCAGGUCACCAUGUCAAUUCCAAACACUACCAGCUUCCAUCCCUCCACGUUCCUCCUGUUGGGCAUCCCUGGGAUGGAGGAUCAGCACAUCUGGAUCUCCAUCCCCUUCUGCUCCAUGUACAUCACGGCUCUGCUGGGCAAUGGCACCAUCCUGUUUGUCGUCACCUCUGACAAGACCCUCCACGAGCCCAUGUACCUAUUCCUCUGCAUCCUCUCACUUACAGACCUGGUGCUUUGCCCCACCACAUUGCCCAAGAUGCUGGCCAUCUUCUGGUUUGGGGCCCAGCCCAUCUCCUUCCAUGGUUGCCUCACUCAAAUGUUCUUCAUCCAUGCUGUUUUUGCCACUGAAUCAGGUGUUCUGCUGGCCAUGGCCUUUGACCGCUUCGUGGCCAUCUGCCGCCCGCUACACUACUCGUCCAUCCUCAGCCCUGGUGUCAUUGGAAAGAUUACAGUGGCCUGCAUAUCCCGAAGCCUAACAGUUGUCAUUCCGUUCAUCAUCCUGAUCCACAGACUGCCAUUCUGUGGACAUCAUGUGAUCCCUCACACCUACUGUGAGCACAUGGGCAUUGCCAAGUUGGCAUGUGCCAACAUCAAGAUCAACAUCAUCUAUGGCCUGACGGUUGCACUCUGGGUCAUGGGGGUGGAUAUUGUGCUCAUUGGCUUUUCUUAUGGCUUCAUCCUCCAUACUGUUCUCCACUUGCCCUCACAGGAUGCACAGUUCAAGGCCUUCAGCACCUGUGGUUCCCACGUGUGUGUCAUCAUGGUCUUCUACAUCCCGGCUUUCUUCUCCUUCUUCACCCACCGCUUUGGUCACUGGGUGCCACCUCAGGUUCACAUUUUCGUGGCCAUCCUCUACCUCCUUCUGCCCCCUGUGCUCAACCCACUGGUGUAUGGCAUUAACACCAAGCACAUCCGCCGGAGGAUCCUGACUCUAAUCCUGGGGAAGAGCUAGGGCCCUGCACACCCCCUCAGGGCCCUGCACACCCUCUUGCUUCUACCACCAGUUCCAGCAAAGGGCCCCAGGGGGACGUCAUCACCCGAGAGACAUGAGACUCUUGAGGAGGCUGCAGGGCAAACACGGACACAUCCCAAAAGAUUGUUUGACAUCCAGUCAGCCACUCCACAUUGGGCAUUGCCUCUUUAUUGCUGUCUCCCAGAUGCCCUAAGAAGCCUACACUGGGAAAGAGACAAAAAUGAUUGAAUCACAUUUAAUGAUCUUCCUUUUGAUUGAAUUGUGGCUCAUUGCCAGAUUUCUCUUUUGCAGAUCUGCCUGCUGGGUCAACAGUUGCUAAAUAAUAAGAAUAAGAAUUA